UCAUCCACAUCAUUCAUAAAAUCCCUUUAAAGCUUAUAAUUUCAAUUACCCCAACAAGAAAAAGAACCCUAAAUUCCCUUUUUUUUCCCCAAAAAUCUCUAAGUAAAUCUUUCCUCUUCGCAAAAAACCCAGAACUCGAAGCCAUAGAAUUUGAUUAAUUUUACGAGUUAAAUGGAAGAGUAUUGGCGAAUGUGCGUUGGAGUCUCAAUAACCCAAAAUUUCCCACAUCGAAAACCCAUGGAAAACACUGGUUUUUUUCACAAAAACGCCGCCAUUUUCAUGGCUGAUGAUCAUGAUUUCUCCGACGUCUUCGGUGGUCCACCGCGGAGUGUGCUUUGCAGGAAGUUCACUGAUGAUUUAACCCAAUCGGCGUCGUUUUACGAUGAUGCUUUCGGGCCAUUGGAUUUCAGUUCGUGUUAUUCGAUUAAGGGUGGGAGGAGUUUGCCGGCGUUUAGGAUUCCGGCCAAAGUGGAAGGGUUGUUCUCCACUGACAUUUUCGGGUCAGAUGAUGAUCUCCGGCGAUCUAGCUGGGAACGAACCGAGUCGGAUUCAUCUUCGGUGAUGAGUUGGGAGGAAAUGAGCUGCCUCCGUCGACCGGACGGUGAUGAUAUCGGACUGUCGUCGUAUUUUGCGCCAAAGCACACAAACGCCGUCGUUUUGAAUUUGUUGAAUGCUGUAAUCUUACGUGAUAUAACUCCACGCAGAUGGAACUCGGCAACAAUGGUGACAAAUCAAGAACCAUCAAAACAACAACAACAGAUACCUCCAUUUCCAAGCACUGCUUCGUUUUAUAAUGGAAAUCUUCACUUGGAAAACGAAAACCGUAUUGAUAAUCCGAUGAAAAGCUCAUCGCUUUAUCGUUUCAACAAGCGUACUUCUUCCCCGGAAACCAUUAGUUUGGAACCCCAUUCUUUUUCAAGCAUCAAAAUAUCAUUGGCCGAUGAUUCGGAGUUCAACUCCCCUUCGUCUCUGUCUUCAUGUUUUAAUCAAGAACCUGAGACCAUAGCCAGAGUCCAGACUAAUCCGUUCUCAGAAGAUGAAUACGAUGAUGACGAGGAUGACGAAGACGGAAUGAGUUCUUAUGUUAUUGAGAUAAACUCUGAUUUUAGACAAAGUAGCAGUGAAGAAGCAGUUUCAAUUGAUGAAGCCAUUGCUUGGGCAAAAGAGAGAUACAACAAUACCCAAAGAGAACAUGAAAAUGAUCAAACAAUGCAAUCUCCAUUGGAAGAAAAACCGAGAAAACCGAAAGCCGAAGAAGAAAAAGACCAAGAUGUGAAGCAUUGGUCAUCUGGCAAUGAAAAUAACAUCCGAAUGCUCCUUUCAACACUUCAUAAUAUUCUAUGGGAAAAUAGUGGUUGGCACAUGAUAGAUCUCACAAGCCUUGCAGAAAGCUCACAAGUGAAAAAAGCUUAUCAAAAAGCAAGGCUAUGUCUUCACCCAGACAAACUGCAACAAAGAGGUGCAACAUUAUCACAAAAAUAUGUAGCAGAGAAGGCCUUUUCCAUCCUCCAGGAUGCAUGGAGUGCAUUCAUCUCCCAAGAUGUCUUCUUCAACAAGUCAACAAAAAUGCAAGGAAUUUUGGAAUCUUUUUGGGAAGCUUGGAACAAACAAGGAGUCCACGGAGUCGAAGGAAUAAGGGCCGUGUUAAAAGCUUAAAAGACAAAAAAAACAUGGCGAUUUGCAGACAAAUCUUAUGUAUAUUGUAAGAAAAAUUGCAGUUAGAAUGUUGUAUAAAUCUUAUGGAUAUAUAAAGAAUGUUGUAUGUUUGUUUAAUGUUUUUCAAAGUGACAAAAUCAGGUUUAAGCAUCUAACUUAGAACACAAGUAAUGUACAGAAUCUAAACUGAUGUGAGAUACGAACACUUUACCGAUUGAAACCUGGGAA